AUGGCAGCAAAAUAUGCCGGAUCAGAGGAGACGGUGACCACAAACUCGAAUCUUCGAGCAUCUGCGCUUUUGUUUGAUUCGCGUUGCAACAUAAACUACGGCACUGGUUGUAAUCACGGUCUUGAACGCAAGUGUCCGUCUACGCCUUCGAAUCGGCUGCCUCCCUCCUCCUCUUCCGAGUUCUCCUACUCGGAUCCGCGCCAUCUCGCACGAUCGCCACCCCAUCCGCCGUCGUCGUGGCAGGUGGCCCAGAUAUUGGACAGCCCGUCAGGCCUACCACCACAACAUGACGCGCACCUCUCGACACCGCCGUCCCCUCCUUCCCUGGCAGUCCCAGCCGAAGAGGGUCAGGAUGCCUCCGCCUCCAUCGCCAACACCCUCACUCAAAGCAUUCGCGCCUCCUUCAACCCUCUCAGCUGCAGAGCUCUUUUAAGCGCUCCAAUCAACCACUCUGUUGAUCGUCCUAUUCACCACCAUCGGACGAGGGUUCGUGGCCUUGCGCUUUGCGAUUCCCCUGUCUCAUCACAAAGCAGUUGGACUGGCCUCCCUGCUGUUUGGCGAUUGGUUGAUGGCGCACGCCACCGGGCUGAAAUGUCGCGACCGCUCUUGAUUGCUGCAGAAGCGACUGCUGAAAAUGAUCUCAACUGUCUUCUUCGACAACUAGAGGAGGUGGAGAGCACAAUGAAACAACUGGAGCAGGAUGAUGGAGGAUUCACAAGACGAUACAGUCUUGCCUCGUCAUCAACCACGGAUCCAAACACGGGGUGCAAUCCAAGUCCCGCUCCAGAUGCGCCCGAGCAGGUCACACCUCCGCCUCUAUUCCCGCUUGCGACCAAUGGCCACGGUCACACAAAUAACGCCGAGCAGCGGAGCGCUGAAACAGCCGUGAGGAGACCGGCACUAGUCCCGCGCAGCCUUCCCCUACGCUCGCCUUCCCCAUCGAACACAGACUACGAGUUGGCUGACGAGGCUUCCGUGGCUUUUCUCCUCGCUCCCUCCAUCGUCACCAGCACCAAAAUCACCCACAUGGGUCCGCACGACGGCGAUCUGAUUGAUGAAGCGCCACCGGUGGCGGUGCCCUCAAACGAGGCGCAAUCCAGUCGUCUCUCCUCUUUCGACUCUACUCCCGUCAGGCGGUCCUCUUUGGCUGCCCUUCGGCCACCACUCCCGCCUCCACUCUCACAGAACCCCCUAGCCACCUCAUUGGCCACCACCUGCAGUAGCAACGAGGCUUCCUUCUCCGACAAGUCUGUAUCUGAAUUCCCGGAACUUUCCAACACGCUUAGCCAGGUAGUUGAUUUGGCAGAUCGGCUCCAGUUAAACAAGCUCGUAGUUCGGAUAUUUCGACCAGACAGGACAACAAAGGCAAUUUUGAUUGACCAGCGCAUGGCAGCGGGAGAGAUAGCUUCAAUGCUGAUAGAGAAGAACUUCCUCGAACCAUGCGUCAAACUAUGCCUGGUAGAAAAGGUUCCCUCCCUGAAAGUUGAGCGAGUGUUCGAGGAGUCCGACAUUGUCGCGGAGUGCAUUCUCGCGUGGCCUAUCAAGAGCCAGAACAUGAUCUUCUUCGAGAGUCGGGAUGACCACUUUGGAUUCAUCGAAUCACCCAAAGACUGGCUUGGUGAAACCUACGCCGACGCUCAUGGCUUCCAUUCCAGUGAUUCUGUACAGACAAUGUUGGAGAAUUUCACCUCCUCCGGACUGGCGGAGUGGCACGAUUUCUUGUACAUCCGGAAACCGGGUGAGAAGACCUGGACCAGGAGAAUGUGCGUUCUCCGCAAUUCGGGUCUCUAUGCCACCAAGAAGAACAAAAAGGCUUUCUUGGUGAGCGACCUGGUGCGACUGCUAGCGUUGGACGACAAGUUGCACAUCUACACUACCACCGGUGGGUGGAGUCGAAUGAGGGCGCCCACGCCGCAUGGAUUUGCGCUUAAGACUUAUGCUGCACAAGAUUUCAGCUCGUCUCAUGUGUUCUGCUUUUGCGCUCCGGACGAGAACGCACUGAAGCAAUGGGCCUGCCGACUUCGAUUAGCCAAGUAUGGGAUCAGUCUGCUGCGAGACUACCAAAUAGCCAAGGAACGAGUGAGUAGAUGCCUCAGCGGAGAUCCGCAAACACAAAAAACUGUUGCCGAAAUUAAGCAGUUAACUCGUCAGUCCUCGGUGGAGUGGGCACGUUCCUCGUCGCUCCAGGCGCUGCAACCACCCCUACCACGACCUCAGGCUCCUGGCGUCAACCUUAACCCGGUGAACCAGGUAACGACGGCGCGAACAAUGACUCCGCCCCCACUAGUACAGCAACGCAUCACCCCCCGGACACCGAAAUCCACUACUACGCUCAGACGUCCUCCAGACUUGCUCUUUCGUAAUGGUUACGUGAAGCACCACUCCACUGGCGCCCCAUCACAGCACUUUUACAUUCGAUAG